AGGGGGUGGCCCUGGGGAGUUACGCUGGCUUUGUCUUGCUCCUUGCAAAGGAGGGCUUCUUCGAGUGCUACAGAAUACCUCCUUGCCUUGGAAAGCCGUUGCAGAGGCUCUGGCUGUCCUUUCGUGCUUGGACAGUCUGAGGGACAUUCGCAUGACUGUGCUGGUGAUGAUGACACCGUGAGAUUGGGACCCCUCCCAUGAAGCCAGCCACCCUUGUCCUUGUCUAUGGUGGGAGCAAAACACCUAUGUCUCUAGCCAGUGACAUCACCUCUGCCCCUUGAUCCUGAUCUUCCAACAGCAGAAGCAGAUGACCAGUUGUUGUGUGAUGUCAUCCCACGAAUCCGCGUGACUUCUUCAGUGUUAUUUUCCUCCCCUGCCUUCCCAUCAGGUCCCACCCAACUGUAGCCGAAUGAGGAACAAUCAUCCAAAAAAAAAAAAAAAAAAAUUCUAGCACGAAGGUUAACUGCUCCCCACCCCGCCUCCUGCCGCCCGCUCUGAUCGAAAUCUUGUGUAGAUUUUCGGAUAGUCAGUGUUAUUUUUGCUGUUUAAAAUGCACGCACUUACCAGUUGCUUGUCUCCAGUGAAGAGCACCUUCUGAGCUACCAGAGGAAGGCUCUGGCUUUGGAUUUGCUGGUCCCUGGAGCCCAUGGGAGGGUGGGUCCUGGAGAGUUGGAGCCGGUGACAGGCACCCCAGGAGAAGAUGCCUUUCAAAGUGGGAGGAAGUUUUGGUUGACUUGGACACCGGGUUUUGUUUGCUUCACAUUCAACUUCAGUUACGAGCAUGAACGGCAUUGAGGAAGGCGUGGAGUUCUUGCCAGUCAACAACACCAAGAAGGUUGAGAAGCGGGGCCCGAAGCGUUGGGUGGUGCUGGUGACCGUGCUGGUUGGCUUAUUCUUGCUUUCUCUCGUGGCUUGUUUCCUGGUGUGGCACUUCCAGUACCGGAAUGUGCGAGUUCAGAAGGUCUUCAAUGGCUACUUGAGGAUCACAAAUGAGAACUUUCUGGAUGCCUAUGAGAACUCCAACUCCACGGAGUUUGCAAACCUGGCCAACAAGGUGAAGGAAGCGCUGAAGGUGCUAUACAGUGGGGUGCCAUCCCUGGGCCCCUACCACAAGGAGUCGGCGGUGACUGCCUUCAGCGAGGGCAGCAUUAUCGCCUACUACUGGUCCGAGUUCAGCAUCCCCAAGUACCUGGUGGAGGAGGCCGAGCGCGCCAUGGCCGAGGAGCGCGUGGUCACUCUGCCGCCCCGUGCCCGUGCCCUCAGCUCCUUCGUGCUGACCUCCGUGGUGGCCUUCCCCACUGACCCCAGAACAGUCCAGACCGCCCAGGACAACAGCUGCAGCUUCGCCCUGCACGCCCGGAGCGGGCAGCUGACCCGCUUCACCACGCCCGGCUUCCCCGACAGCCCGUACCCGGCUCGGGCCCGCUGCCAGUGGACCCUGCGGGGGGAUGCCGACUCCGUGCUGAGCCUCACCUUCCACAGCUUUGAUGUCGCGUCCUGUGAUGACCGUGGCAGUGACCUGGUCAUGGUGUACGACACCCUGAGCCCCGUGGAGCCCCGUGCUGUGGUGCAGCUGUGUGGCACCUACCCGCCCUCCUACAACCUGACCUUCCUCUCCUCCCAGAAUGUCCUGCUCGUUACGCUGAUCACCAACACCGAGCGCCGACACCCUGGCUUUGAGGCCACGUUCUCCCAGCUGUCCAAGCUGAGCAGCUGUGGAGGCUCCCUACGUGGCACCCACGGGACGUUUAGCAGCCCCUACUAUCCAGGCCACUACCCGCCCAACAUGAACUGCACGUGGGACAUCCAGGUGCCCAACAACCAAAAUGUGAAAGUGCUCUUCAAGCUUUUCUACUUGGUGGAGCCCAACAUUCCCCCGGGCUCCUGCCCCAAGGACUACGUGGAGGUCAAUGGGGAGAAGUACUGCGGAGAGAGGCCGCAGUUCGUGGUCACCAGCAAGAGCAGCAGGAUCACUGUGCGCUUCCACUCCGAUCAGUCCUACACCGACACGGGUUUCCUGGCCGAGUACCUCUCCUACGAUUCCAGUGACCCAUGCCCGGGCAAGUUCAUGUGUAACACCGGGAGGUGUAUCCGGAACGAGCUGCGCUGUGACGGCUGGGCUGACUGCACGGACUACAGCGACGAGCUUAACUGCCAAUGCAACGCCACCUACCAGUUCACGUGCAAGAACAAGCUUUGCAAGCCCGUCUUCUGGUUGUGUGACAGCGUCAACGACUGUGGGGACAACAGCGAUGAGCUGGAGUGCAGCUGUCCAGCUCAGACCUUCAGGUGUGGUAAUGGGAAGUGCCUCCCCCAGAACCAGCAGUGUGACGGGACUGACAACUGUGGCGAUGGCUCCGAUGAGGCCAUGUGUGACCUCGUGAGAACCGUUGCCUGCACCAAACACACCUAUCGCUGCCACAAUGGGCUCUGUUUGAGCAAGAGAAACCCCGAGUGUGAUGGGAAGAAGGACUGUAGCGACGGCUCAGAUGAGAAGGAUUGUGACUGUGGGCUGCGGUCGUUCACCAGGCAGUCUCGGGUGGUCGGCGGCACGAAUGCAGACGAAGGUGAGUGGCCCUGGCAGGUCAGCCUCCACGUCCAAAGCCAGGGCCACGUGUGCGGGGCUUCGAUCAUCUCUCCCAACUGGAUGGUGUCAGCAGCUCACUGCUUCAUCGAUGAGAGAGAUUUCAGGUACUCUGACCACAAAAUGUGGACCGCCUUCCUGGGCCUGCAUGACCAGAGCAAGCGCAGCGCCACUGGGGUGCAGGAACUUGGGCUCAAGCGCAUCAUCACCCACCCGUUCUUCAAUGACUUCACCUUCGACUAUGACAUUGCAGUGUUGGAGCUGGAGAAGCCAGCCGAGUACAGCAGCACCGUGAGGCCCAUCUGCCUGCCGGAAUCCUCACAUACCUUCCCUGCCGGCAAGGCUAUCUGGGUCACGGGCUGGGGCCACACCCAGGAAGGAGGCACAAGCGCGCUGAUCCUGCAGAAGGGCGAGAUCCGCGUCAUCAACCAGACGACCUGUGAGAACCUGCUCCCGCAGCAGAUCACCCCCCGCAUGAUGUGCGUGGGCUACCUCAGCGGUGGCGUGGACGCCUGCCAGGGCGACUCCGGGGGCCCCCUGUCCAGCGUGGAAGCCGACGGGCGGAUUUUCCAGGCUGGUGUGGUGAGCUGGGGUGAUGGCUGCGCUCAGAGGGACAAGCCCGGCGUGUACACAAGGCUCUCUGAAUUUCGGGACUGGAUUAAAGAGCAGACUGGGGUGUAGAUGCAGGGGCCAUCCGCGGGCCACCCCAACGUGCACACCUGCGGGCCAAGGACAGGAUCGCUAACUGCACCCCUGACUCGAGCUCCCCAGAACCCAGACUGUGAACUGAAUCCCCAGGACUCUGGAGAGGGUGAAUCGGCCUUGAGAACUUCUUUCCGCGCUCAGCCUCCGAAGCAGGAGAUGGGAGUUGGGGACAUCCCUCCCAAAGGGCACAAGCCCAAAGACACAGCCUUUUCCCUCCAGUCCCAAACUGUACUGAGGCUCCUCUUGAAGAUCUUUGCGCUCUGCCUGCCUGACACAGGAGCUUUGGGACCCCUACAGUGGGGCUGGUGGGGGCGCUGUAGGCUCCUAGGGUCACACUCUUCAGGAAACCCAGGCUGGAGGACCCUGGAAGACAGAUGGACCCAAGAUUUGAAUUUUUACCAGCUCCUAGCGUGGGCUUCAUUCAGUGUAUGUAUUUGUGUGUCUGAGUAAACUUUGUUUUUAGGUAAAUUUUUUCCUCA